GACCUUAUCGCGUCAGCUAAUCCACAAGCAGAGAAAGCUUUAUGGACUUCCCAUAAUAGCGUCUCUAGUUAUAUCAUGCGCCUGUACGACUACCUUAAGCCGCGGGUUAUUACAGCGCUGUCACAGGCACAGAGUAAGAUACACAUCAGCUUUGACGGCUGGACA